CAUCAUUGCACAUACAAUCCAACCACGAUACCACCUAAACUCCCACAUUAAAUAUCUUCUACGCUAGCGGUUCAGCAUAGAGCCCCUCUAACCCAAGAUGAACAUGAACUUCAAUGAUACGGAGCAGAGGGAGUUGAACUCGAGGCUGGAGAGGAAGCAGAUGCGCGAGAUGCUGACCACAUACCAAAACCUCCUCCAAGGCUGCUUCGACGAAUGUAUCAACGACUUCUCCACUAAAUCGAUCCAAUCCCGCGAGGAAGGCUGCCUCAUGCGAUGUCUCGACAAACGCCAAAAGGCCUCGGAACGCCUGACCGCGCGAUUCCAGGAGCUUAACCAGCAGAUGGCGGACAAGGGCGGAGCUCCGGGACAAUAGGCACGCUCAGGGGAAUCGGGUGAGCUGCGGCGUUUUAAUCAAGGACUCUGGAUAUUUGGACGGACGUUCGGCAUCUCCCCUUGUACGAUAGUGAUAGCGCAAAAUGAAGAACCAGCCCAUCCGGAGCUUGGUGGUCGGUCGCAGGACCUUUCGGUCGACCUUUCGAGACUUUCCGACAAUUGCGAUUUGUGUCCUUCACCGACCGUUGGGAUUAACACUUGCGACUCUACAAAUGACAUCAGGUCUUCGCAAACAGCCUUUGGAUAUUUCGUAGCUGCUGUACUACACAUUAUAUACAUUAAUCUCGGGUGUUGAUAGGGCUGGAUCUUGCCGCCUUAGCCUGCUGACCCUAAUUCACUCAUGUCAAAC